AUGUUCACUUUGUUAACACCAAAGAAUCAUAACUUGUUUCUUGUAAGUUUAGUAGUAUUAGCCUCAAUACAUCCCAUUUGUAUGGGAUUAGAUACCAUGGUGGUGGGUUCUUUACUUAAUUAUGAUUCAUAUUUAUCUUAUUUCAACUUGAAUCCCGUGACCAUCGGUUUAAAUAACGCUGCUAUUUGGAUGGGACAAAUUCUUUCGUUGUUGGGAUUCACUCAAUAUAUGGCAGAUAAUUGGGGUAGGAAGAACACGAUCUUUAUUGGAUUAUGUACAUUGAUAGUGGGGAUAGUUUUACAAAGUGCUGCUCAGAAUAUUGCCAUGUUUAUUGUUGGUAGAAUCAUUAUCGGUAUGAGUAUUGGAUUUACUAAUAUUUCAAGUAUAGUUUUGGUAUCAGAAAUAUGUCCAGCCAAAAUCAGAGGUUUCAUCAUGGGCCUAGCCUUUAGUUCUUUCUUAACUGGUGCUUUGAUUACUAGUGGUAUUACUUAUGCUACUGAAAAUAUCCCAGGAAAUUGGAAUUGGAGAGUUCCUUCAAUGAUUCAAAUUGCUCCUAAUAUUAUUGGAUUCAUCAAUUUAAUUUUUGUCCCUGAAUCUCCAAGAUUUCUUCUUUCAAAAGAUAGAGAUCAAGAAGCUUCUGAAGUAUUAUUGAUCUUAAAUAAGCAAAAUACUCGUGAUGCUGAAGAGUCAUUAAUUCGUAUCAAAACCGAAAUUGCUAGUGAAAGUAAAGCUAUACCAUGGACUCGAUUAUUCAAGAGUAGUAUAAAUAUUCAUAGAAUGGCUAUUAAUGCUUCUCAAGCUGUUAUUACUGAAUUAGGUGGAUCUUCUAUUGGUAGUACUUAUCUUGCCAUCUUAUUAGAACAAGCAGGUAUUGCAUCACCAACUCAAAGAUUACAAGUUAAUAUUGUUAUGAGUGCCUGGUCAUUGAUUUGUGCAGUCACUGGAGCUUCAUUGCUUGAUGUGGUGGGACGUAAGAAACAAUCAUUAUAUGCAUUGACUGCCAUGGUGAUUUGUUUCCUCAUCUUGGGUCCUCUAAUCAAAAACUUUGGCUCUGGAGCAAGUUCAUCAGCCGUUUAUGGAACCAUUGCUGUUAUGUUCAUCUUCAGUGGGUGUUAUUCAUCAACAUUUACUCCUUUGACAACUACUUAUCCAUCAGAAUUGUAUCCAUACCAUUUAAGAGCUACUGGAACUUCCGUGUUCAGUUUCAUCAAUUGUUCAUGUGGAUUAGUUGCCUCAUUUAUUCUACCUAUCGGUAUGAGUAACAUUGGAUGGAAAUUUUAUAUUAUUAAUGCUUGUUAUGACGCCAUAAUUAUCCCAAUAAUUUACUUUGUUUGGGUAGAAACCAAAGGAGUGGAUAUUGAUUUCAUUGAUGAUUUAUUCUGGAAUCAUAGAUUCCAUAAAGAUAAAGCACCUUUACUUACCAGUGAAUCAGUGGAAGAAAGUGUUGAAGUAGAAAGCGUUGAAAUUCAAGCGAAAGUUUAA